GCUAGGGGAGCAGGGAGCAGCGCUCCAGCUUUCGGACGAAUAAACACCCAUGGUCGGACUGGAUUUUCCUCUUACAACUACGCCGUUUACUCGAGGGAGGAGCUCGGAGUAAACUACCUUUAUUAAAUUGGCUUUUUACUUUAGUUUUUAUAAUUACAAUGUUGAUUUAUCUUCACUCGAACUUCUCAGCGGCUAGUUUCCGUGCACAUCCAGUUUCAGUGUUGUUAGCGUCAUUUGGCACUGCUUCAUAUUUAUAUAAAAACCGGACAAAACUGGACAUUGCUGGGAGAAAAGAAAGCGAGGAGGUUGAACUACCUGCUUUGGAUUUACAGAAAAGGGUUCAGGUAAGGGCAGUCAGCAGGCCAUUGGCGUGUACGGGAACGGUUUCAAGUCUGGCUCCAUGCGCCUGGGCCGCGAUGCGCUCAUCUUCACCAAGAAUGGCGGCUGCCAGACUGUGGGAAUGCUGUCUCAGACCUACCUGGAAAACAUCAAGGCCCAGGCCGUCAUUGUCCCCAUUGUCCCCUUCAACCAACAAACCAAGUCUCUGGUGGUGACUGAGGACUCGGAGGCCAGUCUGGCAGCCAUCCUCCAGCACUCCAUCAUCACUUCCCAGGAGCAGAUACAUGCACACUUUGACUCCAUUCUCUCCAAAAAAGGCACCAAGAUAUUAAUCUGGAACAUCCGCAGGGCCAAAGAUGGCAAGCCAGAGAUCGACUUUGAGACAGAUGUGAGUGACUUCCGUUUGCCCGAUAUUCAGAUCGAGGAGCUCAAGAAGGGUCUGAGGAACAGUGGGUCUCUGAGAGCCGAACAGAACAUCACAGACAUGCACUACAGUCUCAGGGCCUACCUCAGUAUCUUGUAUCUGAAGCCAAGGACACAGAUUAUACUGAGGGGCAAGAAGAAUCUGGCGAAGCUGGUGUCGAAGAGGCUGACCCACAUUGAGCAUGAUGUGUACAAACCCCACUUCAGUAAAGAGAAGGUAAAGGUGACUUUUGGGCUGAACCCGAAAAACAAGGACCACUACGGCAUCAUGAUGUACCACAAGAACCGACUCAUUAAAGCCUACGAGAAAGUGGGCUGCCAGCUGAAGACUUCAGGUCAAAGGGCGGGAGUCGGAGUCAUCGGUAUCAUUGAGUGUAACUUUCUCAAACCAGCUCACAACAAGCAAGACUUUGAAUACACCAAAGAAUACAGACUCACCCUUGGUGCAUUGGGCCUAAAACUCAACGACUACUGGAAAGAGGUGACAGAGAAGAAGGCAAGAGAGCGAGAGUUUCAGGCUCUAGAGAGAGAUGAAAAUGAAGGCGAGCAUGACCAUGCCGAGGCACCCAUGUGGUUACAGUGUGAAGAGUGCCUGAAGUGGCGAAGCGUCUCUGCAAAUCAUUAUAAACUGGUUCCUGAAAGCUGGACCUGCAGCCAGAACCCCAAUCCACGUUACAAAAGCUGUUUGACACCAGAGGAAGCAGAAGAAAGUGAGGAGCUGUUAGCACCUAGCUACCAGAAAACCCACAAGAAGCAGGAGCAUCCCAAAACCAGAAAACGAGAAAAAUCAAUGGAGGUGUGUGUGGUCCACCAGCAAAAACAUCAAAUCCUCUCACGCAGUUCAUCAGAGCCGAGCCAGCCCACACACACACCUGAGCUCAUAAGAACAGCAGAUCGAAGACACACAGUGGAAAACACACUAGACCAAGAUGAGACAAACACAGAUCACCUGGCGGAUGAUUGUACAGACCCACACGCACAUGAUGAUGCACAGACAGAUGAAGUCACACACACACAGCAGAAGCACAUUGGAAGAGACUCAGUCAUUAAAGACAACGCAGGAGUCACAGAAGAGCAGGCACAUGUGGAAAAUGAGACAAACAAUCAAAGGCUUGACGAUGAAGAGAGAGACAAAAGGAAGGACACCAACAUGGAGCCGUUGGAAAGAGAGGAGGGGAAGACAGACACAUUAAGCCACAAAAGGAAAUCAGGAUCAUUGUUAUACCGUGUGAAAAAGAAGCCAUGCCUUUGGGGGGAGCCACAACCGGACUCAGAAAACAUGGCAGAAGAGAUGAAUCCUGAGAAACCCAAUACACUGUCUUUGAGGAAGUCCAAGCAGGACAGCAGCAGCCGAGGAGAGAAACCAGGUGACGCGGUACAGCGAACCCCGACCAGCCUCACUUGGACCCACUCGCUCCCCUCCACCCAGACUGUGAUGGUGUCUCCACUGAGUCGAACAGAAGGGCCGUGGAGCAGACCGCUGCCUCCGGAAGGGAGUGACCGGGAGGCUAACGCGCAGAAGCUGACUGGGUUGGAGAAAGAGACCCAGAGGCUGCGGAGGCUUCUAGGUCUGGAAAUCACAAAGACAACUCAAGGCACGAUGACAACUGCUGAUAGCAGCACUGAAAAGCCAGAAGGAACCAGCAGGGAGGUCGGCUGCCAGACGGACGUGGCUGAGAGCUCCUCUUCUUCCAGCAGCCGGGCCCAGACUCCAGGAGCUCAGGGUCAGAGAGCUGUAUGUGGGCAGAAGGAGCUGCCUGACCCGAACAGACCCAGGAAGGAGAAGACGGAAACUCAGAGCAGGACGAGAGUCAGUGAAAGUGAGGCCUGUGAAGACGGCAGAUCGGCACAGGAGAAUCUGCGUGGCAUCCGUAACAACGUGGUGGUGCUUCUCACGGCCCUGCUGCCCCAACUGGACCUGGCUGGCAUCAGUCUGGAGACCACAGACGUCGACAAUAUCCUGCAGCAGAUCGUAGAGGUCAACUCACUGAAACUAUGAUCAGUACUGUUUGCUUAUUAUUAUGCCAAAUGCUAAAUAUACAGCAUAUGGUAAUAAUUAUAUUCUAGUGGUCACUUAGAAAGUAAUGUCAUUUUCACUUUAUUCUUCAUUACUGGAGGUGCUUGUGGAUGAACUCCAUAAUAUAAUGUUUUUAUAUUCUUACGUUCAUCGGUUUGACGUCUUAAUAGAAACAACAAUCUGCAGCUGGUUUUAGUCACUCAGAGAGAAUAUUUUAACUUAAUCUAGAGGAAGAAAAACUAUGUUUGAAAAUGUUUUAUCCAGGAGUUCAGAGUUGUAAUACCCAGCGUUCAUUGGCUACACGCACUUAUUUUUUGUCACAUCAUUUUCAUUUUCAAACUUUGUUGUGAGCCGGCCAGCCCCAUUUCUGUACAAAAAUUAGCUUUUUAAUUUUAACCAAGCUCUUCAUUUGAAAAAAGUGCUAUGUGCUGCUAUUAUUUGCUUGGCUUAAGUUUUUAUUGACUAUUUAAACCAGUUUUUAUACAUGCGUGGCAUUAGAGUGUCAUGAAGGAAUGCUUGUUUCUAGAUUUGUUCACAUAUCCUUUAUAAACGUUUGCAUUAAAAUACUGAAACAUUUUA